AUGCAGCAAAUAGGCUCCAUUGCUCCUCUUGCCAACAAACAGUUCCCUCAGCAUCUGCGUCAGGUAUACAAUGCAGGUGGAGGAAGAUCCAAGUACGGCCACCUUGUAAUGCCCCAUGGCCAGGCAUACCUCCACCAGCACCAGGUUAAGGUUGCUCCUAGAGCAUCAGGCCGCCUACCAGCUGUCACUACUGUCAACACAAACCAGGAUUCCAAUAUGAGGAAGUACGGAUAUUUCGAAGUUGAGAUGAAAGUCAAUGACAUCGAACUUGACGAAUUUGGUGUAGUCAAUGCUGCUAUCUACAUUAGUUACAUUCGAAAUGGUCUUAGCAAGCUACUUGAAAGCGUUGGAAUUAGUGUAGACUCAAUGACAUCCCAAGGCAACGCACUCGCUUAUUCAGAAGUACAGCUUAAGUACAUUGCACCUUUAAGGAUUGGUGACAGAUUUGUUGUCAAGGUGAAGCCCACGCAAAUCAGAGGUGUAAGAGUGAUAGUUGAGCACAAAAUUGAGACACUGCCAGAUCAUAAGCUCGUACUGGAAGCCAAAGGAACCAUCGUUUGCCUUGACAAAGACUAUCAUCCAACUCGCAUAUUCCCAGAGGUGUCAGCAAAAUUCCUGCAGUUCUUCACGUCCAAGGAUGAGUAAAGCUUCAAAAGGAA